CGAUGCUAACUAGGUGGCGAAAGAAGGAGCAGGAUUGGAUGCAUCCAGUAUUUCCUUGUUUAAAAGCGCCGGAAGCGGGUUGUCCCGAAGGGAAUGAGGACUUACGGCAGUGGUCUUUAAUUCACCUGGAGUUUAUUUUUGCCUGUUCUUUUUCUGUCUUCUGAAGCUUGCGGGGCUCACCGUUUGACUCCAGCACCUUUCUCAUUCCAGUCAUUGUUUUCUGGCACUCUAGGUGUCUUACCCCCUCCUCCAAGUCUUUCUCUUAGCAAGAACAGAAUGAGGAUAUAAAUGACCUCCAGGCUUAGAAAAGUAUCGGUUUGAAGGCCUGUAAGGAAGAAGCAAGCGGCAAAAAUGAGGUCAAGAGGGUCAUCGGGAGGAAACUCCGCGAAAGAUGACGUGCAAGGAUGGUUCCUCCUUCAGACCAGGAACCUGAGGAUCCUGGAAGAAGAAGUGUGUCUACAGGGAGAAAGAAGAGUGUCUCAGAGGGCUGGCCCUGAAGGAGAAGCUUCUGACAGGCUCCUCAUGUCCUACUCUUGAAGCCCUUCGGCAUCUACCGUAUCUACUUUUUAAUUUUACCUCUUGUUUCUACUUGCAAGCCCUGUGAGCUUCUUCCAUCUUGCACUAGAAAACUGUGAAACUAAGGCAUGUAAGAGACCCACAGAAGUUUUUGGUGGAUCUGAGAUUAAAACAUAGGUCUCUUGGCCAUCAAAUGGAAAGGGUUCGGGUGGAGUCCAGUGGAAACCAGUUUGUGAGAGGAGACUUGUAAAAGAGGAGGUUAGCAUUCCAGAGGAGCAGCAGUCCAAAAUUAUAACAGGUGACAUAACCCUUGCUAAGGAUUGAGAUCAGAGGAAUUUUUCCUUUGUGUUAGUCCUUGGCUUUGGAUAAGGGACCUUUACCCAGCAGCAGCAGGAACCACCCUCAGGAGCCACUUUGUGCCGCCUGGCACGUCCACGGCAAUUAGAGCAAAAGGACAGAGGCUAUAGGAAGUUUCCAAGUGGGGAAGAGAAAUAGAUUGAUCAGGAGGAAAUUGAGGCUGUGGAGGUCAGAGCUAUGGGGGCCUAAGCAGGAAGGUAGCAGUUGAAAUAGAAGGGGACAACUGACCUUGCGCAGCAGAUGCCCCAGUCCUGGGUUUGCAUGUCUUUGUUGUCAGCCUGUGGAUCACUGAUUGACCAGCCUGAGCCAGCGGGUCCCUCAGAUCCCAAGGGACAGACUGGGCGGUGCUUUUACCCACACCGUGAGACUCCUCGUAAUUGCAUCAGUGCUGCACGUACCUAUGGAAAAUACUAGUGGACUGUCAGGCUUGGGGUUAAUUGGUUUCAGCUAACACCUUAUGGGAGCAGAGUCCUUGUGCACAUGCUGCCGUGGUACAAGUGCCCUAACUAGCUUCACAGCAAGGGGAGUGGCAUCCUGAAGGAAAGCAAUUCCUUUGACUCCACCCCUUUCAUCCACUGCCACUCACAGAUUGGCCUCCAGCUCCUGCCCCGUGGAUCAAAGACGAAAUCUUAGAAUACACGUUUUCAAACUCAAUUAAUUGUUCAUUAAUACCCGGGAGUGGCAGAUAUAUGAUGCUUCCCUUUUCAUGGCAGGUCAAAGAUGAAAUUUGAUUAUGCUUUGAAGGGUGUGGUUUGCCUCUUGAAAUUCCCGGCAGUGUCUUUACCAACGUGGUGUUGCCCAGAGCGGCCCAAGUGCCCUUAUCUAACCAAGGGAGGCGCACUUGUCUGCAUAUAUACAGGCAGGAGCCGACACUCGGAAAAGUCAAAUCCAGCCUGCACAAUGAAGAAGCAACCUAAGAAGGAUGAAGCUCCACACUGUGAGCUCAAAUCCUAUUCUAAGAACUUGGACACUCAGUCAUCCACCAUGGUAUUGGGUCCUGAACAGAAGAUGCCAGAUGAUGAUGCUUCUGGAGACCUUGGGGACCCUGCCAGUCUUGGUACCCUCAACCCUGCCUAUAGUAACUCAUCUCUUUCCCAGUCCACUGGGCACUCCCAGGAGCCCUUCACCACCUACUUUGAUGAGAAGAUUGCCAUUCCUGAAGAGGAGUAUUCUUGUUUUAGCUUUCGUAAACUCUGGGCUUUCACGGGACCAGGCUUUCUUAUGAGUAUUGCCUACUUGGAUCCAGGAAACAUCGAGUCUGAUUUGCAGUCUGGAGCGGUGGCUGGAUUUAAGUUGCUCUGGGUUCUUCUGUUGGCCACCAUGGUGGGGCUCCUACUCCAGCGCCUUGCAGCUAGACUGGGAGUGGUCACGGGGUUGCAUCUUGCUGAAGUGUGUCACCGUCAGUAUCCCAGGGUCCCACGAAUUAUCCUAUGGCUGAUGGUGGAGUUGGCUAUCAUUGGCUCAGAUAUGCAAGAAGUUAUUGGCUCAGCCAUUGCCAUCAAUCUCCUGUCUGUAGGAAGGGUUCCUCUGUGGGGUGGAGUUCUCAUCACCAUUGCAGAUACCUUUGUAUUUCUCUUUUUGGACAAGUACGGCUUACGGAAGCUAGAAGCAUUUUUUGGCUUUCUCAUCACUAUUAUGGCCCUCACAUUUGGAUAUGAGUAUGUUACAGUGAAACCCAGCCAGAGCCAGGUACUCAAGGGCAUGUUCCUGCCAUCCUGUCCAGGCUGUCACACCCCACAGAUCGAGCAGGCUGUGGGCAUCGUGGGAGCUGUCAUCAUGCCACACAAUAUGUACCUGCAUUCUGCCUUAGUCAAGUCCAGACAGGUAAACCGAGCCAAUAAGCAGGAGGUACGAGAAGCUAAUAAGUACUUUUUCAUUGAAUCCUGCAUUGCUCUCUUUGUUUCCUUCAUCAUCAACGUCUUUGUCGUCUCCGUCUUUGCCGAAGCAUUUUUUGAAAAAACCAACGACCAGGUGGUUGCAGUCUGUAGAAAUGCGAGCAGUCCCCACACUAGCCUCUUUCCUGACGAUAACUCGACACUGGCUGUGGACAUCUACAAAGGGGGUGUUGUACUGGGAUGUUACUUUGGGCCUGCUGCACUCUACAUCUGGGCAGUGGGGAUCCUGGCUGCAGGGCAGAGCUCUACCAUGACAGGAACCUAUUCUGGCCAGUUCGUCAUGGAGGGAUUCCUGAACCUAAAGUGGUCACGCUUUGCCCGAGUGAUUCUGACCCGCUCUAUUGCCAUCAUCCCCACUCUGCUUGUUGCCAUCUUCCAGGAUGUAGAGCAUCUAACAGGGAUGAAUGACUUCCUGAAUGUUUUGCAGAGCUUACAGCUUCCCUUUGCUCUCAUACCCAUCCUCACGUUUACGAGCUUGCGGCCAGUAAUGAGUGACUUUGCCAAUGGAAUAGGCUGGAGGAUUGCAGGCGGGAUCUUGGUCCUUAUCGUCUGUUCCAUCAACAUGUACUUUGUCAUGGUUUAUGUCCAGGAACUAGGGCAUGUGGCAUUGUAUGUGGUAGCUGCUGUGGUCAGUGUGGCUUAUCUGAGCUUUGUGUUAUACUUGGGUUGGCAAUGUUUGAUUGCACUGGGCAUGUCCUUCCUGGACUGUGGGCACACGGUUCAGGGUUCUUUUAACUUCUUUCCACUUUAAAUUUUUGGUGGAAGUUAAGAGGGAUGAGAAAGCAUAAAUUUAGAAGGUGAUAAAUGAACAAAUAGCAAAGCUGACAUGCAGGUGGUGGUUAUUAAUCACCUUGGAACAUCACUGAGCAGAUUUUCCUCAGAGAUGGAAAGCUUAUCAGGAAUUUCUUGGGAGUCCUGAUUUUCUUAAGUUUCAUCUUAGUACCGAGCUUUCCCGUUGAUACUUCCUCUUUGAGUGCAUACAGUUGUAAAACCUUCACCUUCCUCAUCCAGGAAGUUGGUUAUAGAAAAAGAUGGUAGCAUGUAUGAACUGACGUUCUCAUGAGAUUUUGGAAUGAGGAGAAAAGACUGAAAGGAAAAGAAGAGCCAUCUGUUUUAUUCCUAAAAGCCAUCUCCUACCAGAACUGUCAUGUUUUUCCGAAGCAUGCCCAAGACCACUUGCAAGGCAAUCUCAGGAGCUGUGGACCUAACUGUUGCAAAGCUCUUUCUCUCUCCCUCAGCAAGUCAGUAGGUAUCACUGUGGUUGCAGAGUUCUCUCAGCAAGGUUGCGCUGGGCUACCUCUCUUCAGCCAUUCCCUCAGAGGGAAAAAUUUUGAGACCAGAUGGUGGAGCUUUGGAGUCAGAGGAAAUGGGUCCCUUCGGCCUGAAGCUGCUGCUCUUCAGCCACUUCUGAUACUUUUACAUGUGGAGCCUGAGAUUGUGUGAUUAUAUCAAAUCACAUUUGUCUGGUGGAGAUAAAUAAUCAAGUCUUUUAUAGCCGUUGACUUGGUGAGAACAGUAACGGGAAUGGCAUUGAAGGACUUCUCGUUUUUUGGAGCUUUCCUUCUGGAGUCCUGGUUAAUUGAUAUUAUGUAUUCAUCUCAGCCCCUGAAAGCAUUAUUGCUCAUAUUUUGCACACAGUCAAAAGCACAGACUGGAUGGAUUGUUUUUCAUAAGGCAUUAAGGAUAAACUGCUGUUUCACUGACUAUACCGUCUCUUACUCCCUCAAGUAAUAUCUGACAGGAUCAUGAAAGACAAAUUUCCCCAACUGUUCCUCCUCACAUCUUCCCCUCUCCCUAUCGUCAUGCCUGGUCAUAAGGGCACUCUGUGAAGAUGUUGGAGACUGACAUCUUUAUCUCUCAUCUGGCUGUGCUAGGUGAAGGCAAAAUUGACAAGAAAAAUUCUUUGUAAAGACAGUACAGUGACACUUCCCUUUGCCCUGAGUCUGGUGGACCCAGUCAGUCUCAGAUUCACAAAAUGUAUUUAGAAGUUCAAGUAAAGCUGCUUAUUUUCUUUUUUAAAGUUUUAUUUAUGACUUAGGAUGGUGGAAAAUUUCUUCCCACUUAAGUGGCAUUUUAUAAUACUACGUGUGGAGUGUUUUACAGUGUUAAAAGCACUCCCAAACCAUAUUCCAUUUGAUCCUCUUCGAGAGUGUCCUUUAGCCAGUACUCUGGGUGCAAUAAACAAUGCUUAUGAAGUCUUCCGGUGCCAGCAUGUGCAGUGUGUGUGUGUGUGGAAUGUUAAGGAUAUACAAUUGUACCUUAUGUAAAUCCGUCCUUGUUCUCCAGAAAUGUGACAUGAAAUAAUUGUGCUGGUACAGCAUCUUGGGAAUUCAUAGGGAUGGGGACGAGCUGUAGUUUGGCUCCUGUGAGGUCCUGCUAGUCGUAUUCCAAGUGGUGACAACUGAGCUGUUAGCGACCACUUAACAAUAUGUAAACUUGCUUUGUAAUUAAAAAUUUUUUCUUUUU